CCGUUUCCGUGGGAGGCGGGCGGAAGGGCGGCUUCUGGGCCGGCUCUUCCCGCGAUGCUGCUUUUGAGCGCCGUCCGGGGCUGCGGCCGGGGAUUGGGGGCCGCCGGGAAGGAGUGCUUCUGUCUCUCCAAGCAUCCCCAGGACAGCAGUGCUGCUGUGCCCUUGCUUCUGGACCGAUCCUGUCACAAGAGGUUAGUGACUGUGCAGAGGCUCCCUGCGAUGCUCAUUGACAGUGGACAGCGUCACGUCCACACGGAGGACAAGGAUAACGUUUCCCAAAAUGCUGCUUCCCUGAUGGAGAAAGGGCCUGACUCUCAGGAGAAGGCUGCUUCUCCAAAGCCUCUUUUUGAUGUACCUUCAACCCUUUCUCCUCCUACAACCUGUUGCAUGAGCGGAUGCCACAACUGUGUGUGGAUUACAUACGCAGAAGAGCUGCUGAAGCAUUACCAGGAUGGUGGAGAGGAGGCAUUGGCAGCUGUGGAAAAACACAUAGAGGAUGAGAAUAUAAAAAUGUUCUUGAAGAUGGAAAUCAAAUUCCGCAUGAAGAAAGACUGAAGCUCUCAGGCCAUAAUAGAUGCACAAAGAAAGGAAAUCUUGAUCAUUUAUGACAGGAAGAGGGAGCCUUGGAUCCUCCAGAUUUGUUGACUUCAGCUCUCCAACCCAAGGCCAAUGGCAAAGGAUUAUGGAAAAUGGAAUAGAUAAUGUUUCAUCCACCAUAUAUUUUGCACUACCUCCCCUAUUGUCUUUUGCAAUUAGUAGUGCAUGCUAGGACUUCAAAGCGUUAAGGUCCAAAAUACUGGCAGGGGCAAGGAAUACUUUGGAUAUGUUGUCCUUCUGAAUGAGAAGGUGCAAGUUUUAUUAAUUUUGGAGUUCUGAAGCUUAUUGACAUGAUGCAUAAUUUUCAACCUAUUUUGCUGAAAAGGGUGUUGCUUUCACAGUGUUUCUUUUGAUUUUAUUGUCAACUAUAUUUUGUUAAAGUGUUUUGUUUUGUUUUGUUUUUUAAUUUCCCUGUGGCAUUUUGGUAGAUAUUGAGGAGUCCUGAUUUAAGUGGAUUUAAGUCAGGCCAGCUAUUCCAGUGCUGCAUAAUUAUUAAUCAGAUUUGUAUCCUUCAGGAGAACAUGAAGCAUUGACAGUAGGAUUUCAUGCCCAAGUACUGAACAGACCCAAAUUUGCCAAGCUUAGGAAAGUUGUUGUAUCAUGGACCUUUGAAGACUGACUCUGACUCUGCAUGCAGAUCCUUGGAUGAUGCCUUAAGUGCUGUGAGGUCCCCCCAUUAGAUAGUUGAAACGUGAGGGAGAGUUCCUGGCUUAAAGAUCAUACAUGUACAUCCAUGUGAUCCAUGACAGUGGCUUCUGAGGAAGCAUGAAGACAUCACACUAUAGCUGGGUCAGCUGUUUGGUGCCUUUAGCUCAGGCUAAAGCAUGUGAGGGCCCUCAGGAAGUUGUGCUUCAUGACUCAAUAGAAUUUGAACCUAAAUCUCCUACAUUUUCCUAUCACAUGGGCAAAAAUGACAAGACUGCCGCCAUUGCUGUUACAAUCAAAGUGGCUCUAUUUAUAUUUGUAAAUAUCUGCAUGAUAUUUAUAAUAAAAUAAAUAAUGAUACUCUA